AUGACCCCCGGCAUAGUGCAGGCACUGUCGCGCAUCUCCCCGACACACCCCGAGCUGCCUCCGCCCCUGCAACCGGCAUGCUCGCCCUCGCUCGCCGCGCCCGCGCCAGGAAACCCCAUCUCGCACGCGCAGCUCCUCGCCCUAACAGCGGUGCUCAGGCAGCUGCCCACGACCAACUCGAGCCGCCCCAACACCGGCCCAACACCAACAACACCGACAGCACCGACAACACCGACAACACCGACAACACCGACAACAUCGACAACACCGACAACAUCGACAACACCAACAACACCAACAACACCAACAACACCAACAACACCAACAACACCAACAACACCAACAACACCAACAACACCAACAACACCAACACCACCAACACCAACACCACCAACACCACCAACACCAACAACACCAACAACACCAACAACACCAACACCGACAACACCGACAACACUCGCCGCCCUCCUCAAAAACACAACCCUCUACACACCCCCACCCGCGCCAAAGCCCGCCCAGACGCCCGAAUACCACGCCCUGAUGGCCCGCCUGCGCGCCGCCGACGAGCGCCAGAGCUACGAGCGCAUGCUCCCGCCCGCCCGCGACCCGUUCUCGACCCGCUUCCCGCACGCCCAGAGCCGCAUGCCCUCGGCCUUUGGCACCGGCGCAGACGACGCCGCCGACGCGCACGACGAGCUGUCGUACGACGAGGUGCACCGCCAGAUCAUCCUGAUCAUCAACGUGCUCAUCUCGGUCGUCUGCGUCGCCGUCUUUGUGUGGGUGGCUGCGCGGCACUGGACUGUGGGGACGCGGUUGGGGUUGAGCAUGGGCAGUGCUUUUGCCGUGGGCGUUGCAGAGGUGGUUGUGUACAGCGGCUAUGUGCGCAAGGUGGCCGAGGCGAAGAGGGUCGAGAGGAAGAAGCCCGAGGUCAGGGAGAUUGUCGCGAGCUGGGUCCUGCAUGGGAAAGAGGGCGAGGCUGUGGCGACGGGGAGAGAAAAGGACGAUGCUAUGAGGCACAGGAAAGGGAGACAUCGCUGA